AUGCCCUCUCUUACUGCUGAAAAAGUUGCUGGUUACUUGCCUUUGUCUGGUAAGAUGCCUCAAAUUUCAGGUCGUAUUAUCAAUGUUACACAUCAAAUCCCUUAUCACAUCUCUCGAUCUGGUCCUAGUAUUCUUGAACAACAAAAGCAAGCUCAACAACAAGCUCAACAACAAGCUCAACGCAUGGCUGGUAGAAGAGAAAGCAUUGCUGAUAAUGUAGAUGCUGCACCUAUCUCCAAAGUGGCUCGUCACCAUGUCCGUGGUCGUACUUUACGUGCCAAAUUUCGCGCUGCAGAAUGGACCAUUGUUCAAAACAGAGGUCAUGGUGCCUUGAAUUCUGGUCUUCAAAGCCUAAGUGAAGAAUACCAAACAUUGCAUAUUGGUUGGACAGGUCCUAUCAAGGAUGAAACCAACAAGAAAUUGAUUCCCAACGAAGAACUUACAGAAGACGACAAGUCUAAGAUUGAAGAUUUAUUGAUGCAAAAUGGUAAUAUCUUGCCUGUCUUUUUAGAUAGUAAGGCGCGUGGCCAUUAUGAAGGUUAUUGUAAAGAAGUACUUUGGCCCUUGUUUCAUUAUUUGGUCUGGACCAAUGAUGCAGAUGGUAGAUCUGAAAAGCAAUACUGGGAAGACUAUGUUGCUGUCAACAGACAAUUCGCUGAGAUCAUUGCUGCUAAAUAUCGUCCUGGUGAUAUCAUCUUUAUUAAUGAUUACCACUUGCUCUUGGUGCCUGAAAUGUUGAGAGAAAAGAUCCAUGAUGCCCCUAUCGGUCUCUUCUUGCACGCUACUUUCCCUAGUUCAGAAAUCUUUCGUUGUUUGACAACGCGCAAAGAAAUUCUUCAUGGUUUCUUGGGUGCUAACUUGGUCGGUUUCCAGACUUAUUCUUAUGCUCGUCAUUUUAUUGGUUCUUGUACGCGUGUCCUUGGCUGUGAGUCCACCCAGACAGGUGUGAAUGUAAAUGGUCAUAUUGUCUCUGUCGGCACUUUCCCUAUCGGUGUUGAUGCUAAGCGUGUUGAUCAAUUCCGUCGUGAACCUGCUGUUCCUCUCAAGAUGAAAGCCAUUCGUGACAUGUAUGCCGACAAGAAGAUCAUUAUUGGUCGUGACAAAUUGGAUUCUACCAAGGGUGUACUUCAAAAGCUCCACGCAUUCGAAAAGUUCUUGAAGGAUUACCCUGAAUUCCGUGAGCAAGUGGUCUUGGUCCAAGUCACUACACCCACUUAUGGUGAUAACUCGAAGCUUGAGACAAAGGUAACUGAACUCGUAAGUCAUAUCAAUGGUGUCUAUGGUAAUCUUCAACAUCAACCUGUUCAUCACUACUACCAAGACGUCGAUCGUGAUGAAUACUAUGCCUUGCUGUCUGUGGCUGAUGUAGGCUUGAUUACCAGCUUAAGAGAUGGUAUGAACACCACCUCGCUCGAAUACAUUAUCUGUCAACAAGAAACCCAUGGCCCUUUGAUCCUGUCUGAAUUCACAGGUACUGCCGGUUCUCUUAGUGCUGCCAUGAUUGUGAAUCCCUUUGACUAUGCUGGUGUGGCAAAGGCCAUCUAUGACGCAUUGACCAUGAGCCCUGAAGACAAAUUGACCCGUCACAAACAAUUGUUCAACUACGUGCUCGAACACUCUGCUUCUUAUUGGGCCAAAUCCUUUGUCAAGCAAUUAGUCGAGAGUACCAAGAACUUCUCACUUCAGUCUCAAACAACACCUGCUUUAGAUCCUGCUGCCUUUAUUCAAAGUUACAAGACGUCCAAGAAGCGUGUCAUGUUCUUUGAUUACGAUGGUACCCUUACUCCUAUUGUGUCGGUGCCUACGGAUGCCAAGCCCUCUAAAGAAAUGCUUCAGUAUCUCCAAACACUUUGUGACGAUCCUCGUAAUGAAGUCUGGGUGAUUUCAGGUCGUGAUCAAGCCUGUCUUGAAGAUUGGUUAGGUGGUAUCACUAAUCUCGGUCUCAGUGGUGAGCACGGUUGUUUCUUGAAGCCUGCUGGUUCAAACCAAUGGACAAAUGUAUUGGAAGAUAUUGACAUGAGCUGGAAAAAGGAUGUGACAGAAAUCUUUGACUAUUACACAGAACGUACAGAAGGCAGUUUUGUUGAACACAAAAAGUCAUCUAUUACUUGGCACUACCGUAUGGCAGAUGAAGAAUAUGGUCUAUUCCAAGCCAAAGAAUGUCAAAACCAUUUGGAGAACACGAUUGUCUCUAAAAUGCCUGUUGAAAUCUUGGUUGGUAAAAAGAACUUGGAAGUCCGUCCAAUGAUGAUCAAUAAGGGUGAAGUGGUGAAGCGCAUCUUGAGCUUGAGUCCUCAACCUGAUUUCAUUGUCUGUGCUGGUGAUGAUAAGACAGAUGAAGACAUGUUCCGUACCUUGUCAGCUACUUAUUUCGCCAAGUAUCAAGAUCAAGUAAAUGAAGGCAAUACAUCUACUACAUGGGAUGAUACAAAAUCCAAUCUUUAUUCUAUUACUGUGGGUCCUGCCAAGAAGAAAAGUAUGGCUAACUGGCAAGUAGAAGCACCUGCUCAAAUUAUCGAGUUACUUGGUAAAAUGGUUGAAGCAGAUAAAUCGUAA